CCAACGUUAUAAUCUGUGCUCGUCGUGAUGAAAUGUUAUCAAAUGUUGCUGAAGAAUGUCGAAAAAUUAAUGAUUCUGUUAAAGUUUUGAAAGUAAAAUGCGAUAUAGCUAAUGAAUCUGAAGUAUCUCAAAUGUUCGAAAUUAUUAAGACCACCUUUGAUCGAUUAGAUUGUAUAAUAUUGAAUGCAGGUGUUUCUAUGGGUGAACAAUUCGAAGAUACUGAUUACAGUAUAAUCAAAAAGAUUAUGGACAUUAAUUAUUUCGGUUCAACAAAUGUAACACAUAAAGCCUUACCACUCUUGAAAAACAAUAAAAAGUCAAGAAUUUUAGUGGUUAAUUCUAUAAUUGGAAUCAUUCCCAUACCAUUAAGAACAGGAUAUGCUGCUUCAAAAUUUGCUUUGAGAGGAUUUUUUGAAAGUUUACAGUCGGAACUUUGGAAAGAUGAAAUUUUUAUCACGAUGGCUUAUCCC